AUUAGGAGGACAAUGAUUUCAAAAUCCCACCAAAGAAGGAGGAAAGGUUUUCGGAAGCAGUAUUUUUCACACGAGAAAGAGCAGCUGUGUUGUCGGCAUUGUGCUUGGAAUCUGGAAAUUUCAUCGAAAAACUGCUGAAGCCAAACGGUGCGACGAGGCCUUUCCAGCUGAGAUUCGCAAGUAACAGCAACAGCCAGCAAUUUGCAGAAGCCCUCUGUAUUGUCCAAAAGAUCCACAAUCUCUGUCUACAACUACAAGAAGACCAACGAGAAGCCGAGGUAUUGCAAAAAC